GUGAGCAUUAUACCAGUGGAUAAUCAUAAACGAUCACACCAACGCCACUUCUCUCUCAUUGAUUUCGAUCUUCCCAAAUGAUUCGCUCCGCCAUCUCCAAGAAGCACAGCCUCCUCUCCUCCAUAACCAAUUCCCCAAUUUUAUCAUCAUCUUCUUCCUUACUAAACCGAAACAAUAGUCAACUCAACAAUGCCUCCGAUCACGUGACCAAUCACUCAUCAUCCGCUUCGUAUCACGUGAGUUCAGGCGGUUACAUGCGUGGAGCCGUCUUUUGGGAACCGAAUAAGCCUCUAACGAUCGAAGAAUUCCACCUGCCUCGCCCCAAAGCCGGUGAAAUUCUCAUCAAAACCAAAGCUUGUGGAGUGUGCCAUUCGGAUCUUCAUGUUAUGAAAGGUGAAAUUCCCUUCCCUUGUCCUUGUGUUUUGGGGCAUGAAAUAACUGGGGAAGUUGUUGAACAUGGGCCCCUCACUGACUCCAAAACCACUCAAAGGUUGCCAGUUGGAUCUCGUGUUGUUGGAUCGUUCAUCAUGCCUUGUGGCAACUGUGUCUACUGUUCUAAGGGCCAUGAUGAUUUAUGUGAAGAUUUUUUUGCUUAUAACCGGGCAAAAGGAACUCUUUAUGAUGGUGAAACUCGGCUUUUCCUAAAAUAUGGUGGUAAAUAUUCUUUGCUGUAACUUUCUGUUUGGUUCAUAUAAUUUAUAUUUUGGUUCUGGUAAAACUUGCAAAACUCUUUGAUGUUGUUAGUCUUGAGUACCACUAUUUGUAGACAUUUCUCCUAUUGUCAUGUUAAUCUGUUGG